AUAAAGAAAACAGGAGCCCCACUUCAUCAAAUUAUGCAAUCAUGAAUCUCUGCAUGAAGUACUUGCCUUGCUAAAUCAUAAAUAUUACUUUGAAAAACAUGUUUUCAGCAUUGGAUAAAAAGUAGAAUAACACUGACAGUAGCGCGUGACUUAGAUAAGCAGACAAAACCGGCUGAGAAAGGUCAAGUUCACAUGUCUUGGUUGUAUAUUUUCAGCUAUAUCUGGAGGCACCUUGACAUCGGCUACGUGCAGGGCAUGUGUGAUCUGCUCGCUCCUCUUCUAGUCAUUCUGGACGAUGAGGCCCUAGCCUUCAGCUGCUUUACUGAGCUCAUGAAGAGGAUGAAUCAGAACUUUCCACAUGGAGGAGCUAUGGACACUCACUUUGCCAACAUGCGUUCUCUAAUCCAGAUCCUGGAUUCUGAGCUGUUUGAAUUAAUGCACCAGAAUGGAGACUACACCCACUUCUACUUCUGCUACCGCUGGUUUCUUCUUGACUUCAAGCGAGAGUUGGUAUAUGAAGACGUGUUUUCAGUCUGGGAAACCAUCUGGGCAGCUAAGAACAUCUCCUCCAGUCACUUUGUCCUCUUCAUCGCUUUGGCAUUGGUGGAGAUCUACAGGGACAUCAUACUGGAGAACAACAUGGACUUCACUGAUAUCAUUAAGUUCUUCAAUGAAAUGGCUGAACACCACAACAUGAAGCAGAUUCUGACCCAGGCCAGAGAUCUUGUCUGUAAAGUGCAGAUACUUAUAGAGAACAAGUGAUCACUCUGUUUGUCUUCUUUUCCUUCCAAGUGAUGUGCAAACGGCUGUAGCAGCAUCAGAGUUAAAUACUUAUGAGCACACACAAACACACAGACGUUACACAAGGCCUUUACAAUCACAGUUUGCUGCUAUGAGCCUUAUUAACUGUACCCACAAUGUUGUUUGUGUUGUCAACAGCUGUAAAAGAAUAUUUUCCUUCGUA